UACAAUACAGAAUUACAUCAAAUGCUGGUUGAUAUCAAAGAAUUUAAAUUUAUAAACUCCGUGGAAAUGGAAUUGUACCAAAGAAGACAAUUAUUAUUUACCAGAAUUCUGAACUUUCAGUUAUUGAUGGCUGGAUUGUCCGUAUUCUUCUCUUGUGUAUCGCCUUACUUUUUAUCGGAGCCAUCACUACCAUAUCCCGGUUGGUAUCCGAUUGAUUGGCGAAACGAUACAACUUCUUAUUUUGUGGUUUUCAUUUACCAAUUCAUUGGAAUAAUUUUUGUGUCGCAUUCAAUUAUAUUAAUGGAAGCAUACGCUAUGUACUUGAUGAUCGUAGCUGGUUCCCAUUUGGAUAUUCUGGCAAAUAGAUUAGAGACGCUAGGACACAAGAUGACCGCUAUCGAUAUUUUUGAAAUUAAACGGUCAUUUCGGAUUGAUUGCAUACAAACGUAUACGAAGAUUGCAAGAUUUCAAAAUUUAAUCGAGAGGAUCUUUUCCAUUCCCAUUUUUAUUCAGUUUCUCAUCAGUGGUGCAAUUUUGUGUGUCACGGUAUUCCAAAUUGUUACGAUGGAUCCUGGAAAGGAUAUUGCAAAUUUAAUUUUCUAUUUAUGCUACUGUGCCACUAUUUGCAUGGAAAUAUUUUUGCCGUGCUAUUUUGGUACGGAACUAAUGCUGAAAAACAAUAAUCUAACAACAGCUGCCUAUUCAUCGAAUUGGACCGAAUUUCCCAUUUAUCUACAGAAAUUGCUCGUUGUAUUUAUGGAAUUUACAAAGAAACCUAGAAUUCUGCUCAGUGGAAAAUUGUUUAGCUUGUCUUUAAACAGUUUUUUGGUGGUGUUGAAUCGAACGUACAGUUUGUUUGCUGUUCUAAAAAAUCUUUUUAAAUAAAUGUUAUCACAUUGUAAGUGUUGUUGUUGCUUGUAAAAACUGAGAAUAAUAAAGCGAGUUGUCUAAAUAC